UUUAGUGCUCGUCACUUCAAACCCGGUCACACUCAGCCCAGUCCUGUCAUGGCAAGCACAGCGGUGUCCUCGCUUCUUGGGGUGUUUUGUUUGCAAGUGCUCCCGUACGAGUCUGCCUUCGGGGCUCUGGUCGCGAUCACCGAUCCGACUUUCAUCCAGGACUGCGUCGACCAGCACAACAAGUUUCGUCGGGAAGUGGCACCGCCGGCCAAGAACAUGUUUGCGAUGACAUGGGAUGAAGCACUUGCUAAAUCUGCAAGAGCAUGGUCAAGAAAGUGCCUAUUCAAGCAUAAUCCAUACCUGCAAAAGAAGGGAACAGUGCACCCCACCUUCUUUCCUGUAGGAGAAAAUAUUUAUAUUUCCACAGGGCAUUUCAAUGCCAAGAGUGCUAUUCAACGAUGGUAUGGUGAAGUGGCUGACUAUGAUUACAGUACAAACAGCUGUAGACCAAAACGACAGUGUGGGCAUUACACGCAGGUUAUCUGGGCAAAUUCUUAUAAAGUUGGAUGUGCAGUUUCUGAUUGUCCCAAAGGAAUUAAAUCUUCUGGAUUUAAAGGACCAGGUGUAAUUUUUGUCUGUAACUAUGCACCAGCUGGAAAUUAUAUUGGGACCUUACCAUAUACAUCAGGUACUUCUUGUGAAUCGUGCAGUGACAAUUGCCAUGAGAAAUUAUGCAGAGACAUAAAACGGGAUGCUAUCAAAAAAUACCCUAACUGGAAUCCAAACUUCGGAUCAGCCUCCUUUUUCUCCUGUAACCAACUGUUGCUACUCACCUCUAUUAUUGUGAUAUACGUUUGGCAGUAACUACCUAAAUUUCAGGGAUUUUAGUUUUACCCUGAUUCAGGUUGAGAGGAUAUAAAGUUCUAUGUUGUGUGUCAUCAUUGUCAUUUUCUGUCCCACAAGCUUUCAAAAGAUUUGCUAAUGAUCUCAUUACAGCUCUGUGGUCAGUUUCCAAGCUGGAAUGCCUACCUUUUGCAAGGCAUUCUGCAUAGUAAGCUAGCCAAUUACUGACACAAACUAUAACUUAAGCCAGAAAAUUACAUGAAUGGCAAAACUAUUCAAAGGUGUUUGGAUAAACUUAGUGACCUUUAUCUGCUCAAUUGUUUGAGUUACCCAGAGCAGUCAAGAACUUUCUUCCAUUGAAUAAUUAGAAUAUAGCUCACUAAAUCAGAAUCUCUCUCUAAACUUAAUUCAAAUACGUGAUUGUUUUGUGGUAGAAAAAGUUUGUUAAAUAUUCCUGUAAAUCUAUAGUGUGAUAUAAGGAAUGCUGGUUUGAUUUUGUUUCCAAUUUGUUUUCUGCCAUCUUGUGAAGUUGAAUUGCCAGAAAAGUUUAUUCCAGUUCACCACUGUAUUACAGAGAACAUUUGUAAUGAACUUAGCAUACCUUGUGGUUAUACUUUAUGGCAGACUUCCUUUGUUGUUAGUUAGGUAUCUAGUUCCAAUUUGUACAAUUACUGGUGAAGUCAAUAUCAGACAAAUGCAAAUGUCAAAACUUCUUUGUGUUCUUUCUCCUGUUAACAGUUUACAUGAUUUCUCAGGUUCUCUUUCAGUCUGCUUAAAAACAAUUAUGGUGAUUUUGCUUUUUUUUAGGUAUUUAUAGUACCAACUGGCACAGCAUGUAUUAAAUGGCUAGGUGUGCCAUGUUCCUUACCAUCCUUAAGAUCUAUUUUACUGUGACAACAGGAUCUCAAUUGACAGAACAAAAAGUAGAAAAUGUUAGAAACAUUCAGAAAAGUAGGCAGAUCAGUAAAGGAAACUGUUGAAUUUUCAUGGAGGCUGAGUAUUUUCAGCAUUUUCUGUUUAUGUUUCAGAUUUCCUGAGUCCAUAGUAUUAAAACAAGUUAAUCCAUUUUAGAUCCAGUUCAAAAUCACUAAAAAUAAGUAAAACCAUAUUUUUUGUUUGAACAAUGAUAUGAGUUGAUCCCUUUGCAUACUGGAAACUGCCAACCCUGAAGGCUACAAUAUAUAUAAGGUAUAAAAAUAUUAUUUUGUACAAUUAUGGUAUAACAUCAUUAGACACCAUGUUGGCAACUCACAUGAAAUAGUGUCACAUGAGAAAUCAAAUAUCAAUUGUGGGUUUCUUGCAUAGGGGAGGGUUUCUGUAGCUAAUUUUUAAAAAGAAUAUGUAUUUUGAAUUUCAGCAAAAGAUUUAAACAUUCCUGUUGUUAUUUUAAAUUGAGCAGGUAAGACAAAUGUUUACUGUUACUCGCCUGCAUUUAAAAUGGUUUUCUCAAUAAAAGGGGCACUUUAGUGUAAAUUUCUGAAAACAUUCCUCUACCCACCCCAAUCCUCAUCCUGCCCUUUCAGUCAGUGGAAAGGUCAGGGUGGACUGAACAUACAAACUCAUUAUAACAAUACAUACUAGCACAUUGCAACGGAAUCCAUUUGUCUAUUUCUUAUUCAGUACUUACAAAGUUUCAAAAUAAGAAUUUGCAUGAAAUAAACUAGCGAGUACAGGAGGAAUUCUGCGGACCUGAUCCGUGCAGAUUCAAAAGUCCUGAUCAGUGAAGUAUUUAGCUAAAUGAACUGUUUCCUUACAUGAUUUCUGAGACACCAAUUUUUGGAAAUCAGUUCUGAAGUACUGGCGGCAGUGUUAGUUUUGUUGGUGUAAAAUUGGAGUUAAUGGAUUUGUUGCUUCUCAGAUGUUUCUCCCAAAAACUGGGGGAAAUGUAGUCACCAGAAAUAAAAACUGGGGUAAGUUAGAAACCCAAUCCAUAAUCACCCGUUUGACCAAAUGUUAAAAUUAACUUGUUUGUACAUUUUACAGCUCCAUUUAAAAUAACUUAUGUUUGAAAUUUACUGUGUUUUAUAUUAUUUUGUACAGGAUUACAAACAAACUUGUUUAUUUAUGAAUUUUUUUUUCUGUUUUGGAAGUCUGCAGGUAGAUAUUUAAGUCAGAACAUUUCCAGAAUUAACUCUCUAUAAUUGAGUAAUGUAAAAUUGAGUGAUUGUAAAAUUUCAAAACCAUAAUUGUUAAUAAAAUGCAUGUUCUCUGUU